AUGACCUCUCAAGGUUUGGAGAAGCUGCGGAUGACCGGGGCUGGGAAAGCCAUCGCCGUGCUCACCAGUGGAGGAGAUGCCCAGGGUAUGAACGCUGCUCUCCGUGCUGUCACUCGGAUGGGUAUAUACGUCGGAGCCAAGGUGUAUCUGAUUUACGAGGGUUACCAGGGCUUGGUGGACGGAGGAGACAAUAUCAAACUAGCUCACUGGCACAGUGUCACUAACAUCAUUCAGCUGGGAGGGACAGUAAUAGGCAGUGCACGCUGCAAAGCCUUCACCACGCGUGAGGGUCGUGUGGCUGCUGCAUUUAACCUAGUGCAACGAGGGAUCACCAAUCUUUGUGUGUGUGGAGGGGACGGCAGCCUCACAGGGGCCAACAUCUUCCGAAGCGAAUGGAGUGGAAUACUCGCUGAGCUGGUGGCAAAAGGCAGGAUCACAGCUGAAACAGCAAAGCGGUUUGGUCACCUGAACAUUGUGGGCUUGGUGGGCUCCAUUGAUAACGAUUUCUGUGGAACUGACAUGACCAUUGGAGCAGAUUCCGCCCUCCAUCGCAUAAUGGAGAUCGUGGAUGCCAUUACCACCACUGCCAUUAGCCACCAGCGCACGUUUGUUCUGGAGGUGAUGGGCCGACACUGCGGAUAUCUGGCUCUGGUGUCUGCGCUGGCGUCUGGAGCAGACUGGCUCUUUAUUCCUGAGGCUCCCCCGGAGGAUGGCUGGGAGGAGCUCAUGUGCUCUCGGCUGGGAGAGAGUCGCAGCAAAGGAUCCAGGCUCAACAUCAUCAUAGUCGCUGAGGGAGCUAUCAACAAAAAAGGCGAGCCGAUCUCCUCAAGUUACAUCAAGGAUCUUGUGGUGAAGCGGUUGGGCUAUGACACCAGGGUGACUGUACUGGGCCAUGUGCAGAGAGGAGGAACUCCCUCAGCUUUCGAUCGAGUACUAAGCAGUAAAUUGGGAAUGGAGGCAGUGGUGGCCCUGAUGGAGGCAUCUUCAGACACCCCUGCUUGCGUGAUCGGUCUAUCUGGCAACCAAACAGUGCGUCUCCCUCUUAUGGAAGGAGUGGAACUGACUAAAGAGGUGCAAAAGGCCAUGAAUGAGAGAAGGUUUGAGGAGGCCAUACAGCUCCGCGGAAGGAGCUUUGAAAACAAUUGGAACAUUUACAAGUUACUGGCGUACCAGAAGCCUGCUCAAGUCAAGAGCGACUUCUCACUGGCCAUCCUGAAUGUGGGAGCACCGGCAGCAGGUAUGAAUGCAGCAGUGAGGUCUGCAGUGAGGAUGGGAUUGGCUGCUGGGCACAGAGUCUACACUGUUAACGAUGGAUUCGAGGGUCUCGCCAAUGGAGCAAUCAGUGAAGUGUCCUGGCAUAGUGUGGCUGGCUGGACCGGCCAAGGGGGCUCACUUCUGGGGACUAAACGAACUCUGCCUAGUACCUGCAUGGAAAAGUUGGUGGAAAAUCUUAAUAAAUACAAUAUCCAGUCACUGCUAGUAGUUGGUGGCUUUGAGGCUUAUGAAGGGAUCCUGGAGUUGUUUGAAGGUAGGGGACACUAUGAUGAGCUCUGUAUUCCUAUGUGUAUUAUUCCUGCCACCAUCAGCAACAAUGUCCCUGGGACUGAUUUCAGCCUGGGAGCUGACACAGCUGUCAAUGCAGCUAUGGAGAGCUGUGAUAAAAUCAAGCAGUCAGCAACAGGAACAAAGAGGAGGGUCUUUGUGGUGGAGACUAUGGGGGGAUAUUGUGGAUACCUGGCAACCACUACUGGCAUUGCAGUGGGUGCUGAUGCAGCAUAUAUAUUUGAAGAUGCUUUUGAUAUCCAUGAACUCAAGACUAAUGUUGAACAUCUGACAGAGAAGAUGAAGAAGGAUAUCCAGAGGGGUCUGGUGCUGAGGAAUGAGAAAUGCCAUGCACACUACACCACUGACUUUAUCUACAACCUGUAUUCUGCUGAGGGUAAAGGUGUGUUUGACUGCAGAGUGAAUGUCCUAGGACAUCUCCAACAGGGCGGUGCACCCUCACCUUUUGACAGAAAUUUUGGAACAAAGUUGGGUGUGAAGGCUGUGCAGUGGCUCACAGAGAAGAUGGCUGAUACCUAUAGACAGGGACGUGUAUUUGCCAACUCCUCGGACACAGCUUGUGUGGUGGGCCUGAAUAAGAAAGUGCUCUCAUUCAGCCCUGUGACUGAAGUGAAGGCCCAGACUGACUUUGAACACAGAAUGCCCAAAGAGCAGUGGUGGCUGGGUCUACGACUGCUGCUCAAGAUGCUGGCCAAAUACCAGACCUCCUUGGAUCACUACGUCACUGGAGAGAUUGAACAUGUGACACGUCGCUCUCUCAGUAUAGACACUGGGUUGUAGACAACUGCAUACAUAAUAACGUGCACCAGCAAACAUUCAUGCCAGCUACAGCCAUCGCUAACUCUCUUUUCAAGCGUGUAAUAAAGUCUGAUCCUCUAACGAGGAUUAUUCGUGCCUUCCUUAACUCCAUAUUCGGUGCUCAGUUUACAUCAGGGAACAAAAUUACUGUCCAUACAGUGUAUAAAUUAAUUUUGAUCUGGCAACGGGACCAGGAGUAUGACCACACAUUGCCAAAAACUAAAAUCAUAACAAGCCUGUAACAGAAAUAAUAGAGAUGCUAGCAGCUCAUUUGUUUUUUUUAGACCGUUUUAGACUAAGUAGGUGUUAAAAGUGUGAGCUUUGCUGUGAGUAGUGCUAUUUUGUGCCUAUGCAGCAUGAUCAAUGUGAAGCAAAAGCUAUAAGUGUUGUCUCCUGUCUUUGCUACUGUAUUAAGGUAACUGUAUUCAUUGUAUGCAGUACAUAGUUUUGAGAGCAUGUACAGAUUAUCUGACCAUACUUAUCAGUGUUGUUGAUUGAUAUGUGAUGUGAUAUUCUAAACAAAGUGCUUGAAGUGUUAUAUCACUGAUUUUACUCAUGCUAUGCCAGCCAAAAAAACAAUCACUGGAAUCAGACUUCUAUUUUAGCCUUCACAGUGUUCAAUCAGACAUUUUCAGUUCAGUCAUUCUUUGGAUAACCUUCUUACUCUGUGGACUUUUUUGGAAAAUGCACUGCAACACUCCUCUGUAUAAAGUAUCGAAAAAUUGAGAAACUUGAAUGUGAACUGACUAUUAUUAAGCUAAGAUGAAUUUCAUUAAAGGAAACACAUAUCGUC